AAAAUGAUGGGCUGUCCAGUCUUAUCGAGUAUGAAAUGUUCCAUAUCCCUCCAAAAUAUAGAUGACAAUGGGCAAAUAUACGUCUAAAAAUCCAUCAAAUGACAGAAAAUAUAAACUUGGACGAAUGAAUUGUAAAUGAUUGCCAGUGCUCCAGCCCUGUCACCCCUCCUCUUAUCUCCCCUGCUGUCAUUUGUAACCACCCACUUGAACCGGAACCUUUUGUGGGGAUUUGCAGCCCUCCCUGUCGGUCUCUCGCUCUGACAGCCAGCCACAACACCGACCCACACACCACCGUGCCUGGACCGGGAUGCGUCCCGGUUUACGAUGCCCGGGAUAGCGGCGGCAGGUCGGCUCGUUACAUAGCCCACUACCGGUGGAAGUGACACGUCCAGCCUCCCUGAUCACACCGACCACUGACAGGAUCCCCACGCGCUGCGAUACGGAUGCACCCCGCGCGCUCCGGUGAUCUAUGGUGACCCAUCGUGUAAAGUUCCAGUUUCAGCGGAGAGGAUUAUUAACGCAGCCCUUUACCUCUGGGGGUCGAUACCGGGGACGAUGGGGAGCACGACCUCUUGCUGCGUGUCUGCCAGCCCCAAGCUCCGCAGGAAUGCCCACUCCCGGCUGGAGUCGUACCACCAGGAGUCGGAGCUGAGCAGGGAGGAGACGGGAUGCAACCUGCAGCACAUCAGCGACAGGGAGAACGUCGACGAGUUGAAUAUGGAGUACAAUCCAUCGGACCACCCGCGGGCCAGCACCAUAUUCCUCAGCAAAUCCCAGAAUGAUGAGGUGCCUUGCAGGAAUGUGCGAGACAAACGAAAGAGCCUUUUCAUCAAUAAUCAUGGAACAGCGAGGCGGAAAUACAGUUCCUGCUCCACCAUCUUCCUAGAUGACAACACAGUCAGCCAGCCCAACCUCAAAUACACCAUCAAAUGUGUAGCACUGGCAAUUUAUUACCAUAUAAAAAACAGGGACACAGAAGGAGGAAUGCUGCUCGAUAUAUUCGAUGAGAAGCUCCAUCCUCUUUCAAAAUCAGAGGUGCCGCUGGACUAUGACCAGAACAACCCAGAGCAGAAGCAGAUCUACCGGUUUGUCAGGACGCUGUUCAGUGCCGCUCAGCUCACUGCAGAGUGUGCCAUUGUCACACUGGUCUACCUGGAGAGGCUCCUGACCUAUGCAGAGAUCGACAUCUGUCCGGGGAACUGGAAGAGGAUCGUUCUGGGUGCGAUCCUGCUGGCCUCCAAGGUCUGGGACGACCAGGCCGUCUGGAACGUUGACUACUGCCAGAUCCUCAAGGAUAUCACUGUGGAGGACAUGAACGAAUUGGAGCGCCAGUUUCUGGAGCUGCUGCAGUUCAACAUCAACGUGCCGUCCAGUGUCUACGCCAAAUAUUACUUCGACCUGCGAUCGCUCUCAGAGUCCAACAACCUCAGCUUCCCCCUGGAGCCACUCAGCAGAGACAAGGCCCAGAAACUAGAGGCGAUUUCCAGACUAUGUGAUGACAAGUAUAAGGACGCACGGAGAUCUGCGAGGAAGCGCUCAGCCAGCACAGACAAUCUAUGUGGGAUCAGAUGGGUUCCUGCAAUCCUGUCCUAACCACCAUCACUCUGCCACAGACUGAACACUGGCAUUAGGCUACAGACUCUGGCUGGAUGAGAAAACUCCUGUUCGGUUUGGAUAUCCAGACAAUACCAAGACAUGGACCUUGGUGACUGAAACCUGAAAUCAGCCUCUGGAUCAACUCUUCUCAUCCUGACACAGACCAAGGACUUCUUGACUGUUUUACCAUCUGCGGGGAAAAAUCUAGCUUCUGACCAAUCAAUAAAGGCCUGGACAAGAGAGGAUCUCCAUGCCGCUUCCUCAGAAGCUUUUGAGGCUGUCUUAAUGGACCGGCACUCUGUUCAGCUUCCGUCUGGCCUCAUGUGAAAGAUUCGACAUACCCUGCCUUUGAGAUGGCCCUGCAACUUCACACUGAAGCAUAUUAUUUAUUUCACUUUGAUCAUGUGAACUUAUGUGCACAGUUGCAGCUGCAGACUUUCAGUAGUGUAGCAGUGAAAUUUCUACCGGUUAUUUAUUUCAUUCUUAGGAUAAUAAAAGUGUUAGAAAGUUUUCUCCUUUGGAAAUAUGUAUAUUUAAGGUUUACAGUAUUUCAAACGUACCUCUUGAUACUCAGGUAGUCUGUUUAAUCUUUGGAUUUAUUGUGAUGCUCCUCUUUAUAUUACAGAAACCCUGAGAGAUGAUCCAUUUUCUAAGUCUGAUCUAAUGUUUCUGUCUUGUGUUCAUGACUUCAGAGGUGAAAAGACAGCUUUUGCAAGGAUAAUCUUAUCGUAACGUUCCUUAAAUUUUAUGUCACUCAUGAUAUACUUCAAAACUAAAUUUUGCCAGGAUCUUCAGGAUUUUUAGGUUGCUUUUGUUUUGGGAACACAUUUGGGGAAAGAAAGUCUUCUAAAGUUUUUCUUUUGUGUUUGUUGAUGUAAUUCUCAUUUCAGCCACAAGAGGCACUACAGUGCACCACAAUCUCCUUUUCUAACUAAGAUGAAAGCAUUCAAAUUUUCUUCAAAUUCUCAAGUUCUCCAUGCACUCUAAAAAAAGGCACAUACAGUCAUGGAAAAAAUUAUUAGACCAACCUUGUUUUCUUCAUUUUCUUGUUCAUAUUGGUUUUCUUGAUAAUGAUUUUGGUUAUUAUCAAGAAAACCAUGGAAAAUGUCAAGAUAUCAGCUCUUAAAAUAAACUCUUAUGAGCUAUUUUUGUUGUUAUCAUUAUAUUUGUCCAAACAAAUGUACCUUUAGUUGUACCAGGUAUCAAAUGAACAAGAAAUUGAAGCAAAGGGUGGUCUAAUAAUUUUUUCCAUCACUGUAUAUUGUGUGUCUGCAACAUUGUAACAUUACUUUCAUUUGCUUAUUUUGGCUAGAAUUUUUUUAACCAGCAUGUAAAUGGCAGAAAACACGACUGCUUUAUGAUCAUUGUUAGUAUGAAACAACAACAAUACACACAAAGGAAACUAAAUCUGAUAAAACUUUUUUUUGCACCGAACAAAAGUUUUUACCCCUAUCUGUUUCACAGGUUACCUAAAAAGGAGCAUUGAAAACUAUUAUCCUGACGAAACUUUUUUUCAAUCUGUUCUUAAAUCAUAAACACCGGACAGAAAUCUAUCCUGAUCACCUGCCUCUCUGGGCUUCUGUAAUACAUUUUUUGGGUCAAAACAAAAAUUAUGACACAUGACAAACAAAUUGCAGAUGAAAGGAGCCAGAACGAAGACAUUGUGACAACAGAUACAUUCCUACUUUUGGGCCACAAAUAAUCAAUUAUUACCACCUUUUUUCAGACUGAAUAACAUAAAAUAUAAACCAGAACAUGUUUUCCAGAGGUUCUGAAAUUUGAGACUUUGGUUAUAACUUAACAUAACUUUGUCAAGGUGAUGAAGCAAUAAACAAACAUGAUUUUUUCACAAGGCCAUUCAAACUUUAAAAGCCCCAUAAAAGCUUUGAAUGAAGGAAGCACGCCUCACUGCUGACAUCUAGUGGAUAUUUUGAGCAUUGUAAAUGAUGUGAUGGUGAUUUAAAUGGUCAGCUUGCUCUAAUUGCAAAUUUGUAGUGAUUUCUAUUGGAAUUGAGAGUUACUCUGAUGCACCUAUUUACUUAUAACCAGAAAUAUACUAUUAAUGCAAAACUGGAAUUUCAACCUCCAACAAUAAGCACAGAUAACAGCAAGAUAUACUGCUUUGUUUUUUUAUUUAUUCAGUAUUAUAGCACUAAAUAACAGUACAUUAAAUCUACAGCAACUAACUCUCAUAACUCUCAUGCUCAAUGGCUGCUACCUCAGUGUCUUUUUUCCCUAUCGGACCCAAAAACAGUCAAUCAGUUCCAUGUUAUGUUCAUCAUUUGUGUUCAGAUUGAAGGACUUCAGUACCACCAUGCAUCCGGGUUAGAAAGUGUUUUAUUUAAUUUUAACAGAAGUGUGUAUUUAGUUCCUGGUGAAGUUCUGGUGGAGUCAUCAUGUUUUCACAGGAUGCUCACACCAUUGGAAAAGAAAAGGGAACAGAAAGUUAACUUCUCAGUAGUCUGGAGCAAAUAAAACUAAUGUGGGUUUGAUAAAAGUCCUCAAAAGAUCACAAAUCCUACAAGAGUUUCUCUCUUGUUUCCAGCUGGUGGUUUGUUGUUGCAAACACAGUCUUUAAAUAACAGCCUUGAGCUUCACUGCAAAAAAAGGUGCGUCUUAAACAAGAUAAAAACACUAAAUCUGAGGGAAAUGAUCUUGCUGCAUGGACAGAUAAUUUCCCUUGACAAGAUUUCUUCAAUUAAGAUUGUUAAAUCUAGAAAUAAGCAUGUUGAACGCUUAAAAUAAGAAAUUAACUCUUAAAACAAGAUAAAUUAUCAAACACUUGUAAUCUAAAGUUUUUUUUAUCUUGGUAAAUAACAAAUAAUUUGCAGUGCACUCUGCUCGGGCCAGUUCUUUGCUGCUUGCAGCUUUAAUUUAUCUUGUUUUGAGACUUAAUUUCUUAUUUUAAGUGUACAACAUACUUAUUUCUAGAUUUAAUAAUCAUAUUUCAAGAAAUCUUGUUAAGUGAAAUUAUCUGUCCAUGCAGCAAGAUAAUUUCCCUCAGAUUUAGUGUUUUUAUCUUGUUUUAGACACACCUUUUUUGCAGUGUUCAGAAGUGUGAUCUUCCAGUGAUCCUAUCUCUAGUGUUUGACACAGAUGAGUGUUAUUGAUAUGUCCUAAAAAAGUGCUCAUAGCAAAAAGCACCAGACAUGGUGUAUGCCCCAAAAUUCACAAUGUUCCAGAUUACUUCUAGAACAGAAAUAAACCACUGAGGUUGUGUUUAUCUGCCACAAAAUCUGCCUUUAAAAACUUCAAUCAUGAUGCUAAACACACCAAAAUUGGACAGAAAUCUGAAAACAUUUGUACCCUUUUGAAUAUGACGGUAGUUGUAUUAUAUAAGCCCUGACUGCUGAUCCCAGAGUUUAAAGAUGUUGAAACUGCUGACAAACUGAUCAUUUUAUAUUCCCAUUGUACAUUUAAUUUCAGAUCAGAUUUCCAUAUUUUUUCUUUCUCUCAUUUAUCUGAAACUUAAAGCACUAACAUAUAAUUAUUUUGCAAAUUAACUUUGUAUAAUGUAUAAAGAGUUAAACAAACUGAGACAAGUCAACUGUGAAUUA